AUGGGAGAGUAUGAGCUGGCCUCUUUGGAAGAGGAGUCUCUUUAUCGUCCGCCCAGCAUCGCGUCCAAGGCGAGCAGUCAGAGACCAUUGACGGCCACACGCGAGAAGAAGCGAUAUUUCGGCGGAUGGAGGAGCGGUCUGGCCAUUUCCACUUCGGCGGCAGCCUUUGUCACGCUCGCCAACAUCAUCUUCUUAGGCGUCGUCGGAGCGAGGGUCAAUCGCAAUGGUGGAGCUCUAUGGACGGGGGACUGCAAAACUGCGAAAGAGUAUUCCCUAUGGCUUCAUCUGGCCAUCAACGCGUUGGCCACCGUGUUGCUUGGCGCCGGCAACUACACGCAGCAGGUUUUGACCGGGCCGACGAGGCAGGAAAUCGACCAGGCUCACGACAAGAGGCAAUGGCUAGACAUUGGCGUCUCGUCAAUUCAUAACCUGACCAAAAUUUCUAUCAAGAGAGUGGCGGCCUGGACAAUCCUGGCUUUCAGCUCUCUACCUAUUCACUUACUAUACAACUCGGUGGUCGCUUUCGAAACCAGCGCCAACUACUUCUCGGUCUAUACUGCCACACCCAACGACCUCAAGGAGCAAACUCUCGCCAACGUAACCAAGAGUUACAAGAACCUCAAAAGUUCUCUCAGCCAAUUCGACAAGCUUCCAGUUGACGAAUGUCUAUCCGCCUAUCGUCGAAAUCUCCUCUCAAAAAGAGGCGAUGUGAUCCUGGUCAUGGACACAGAUUUCCCAUACCUCUGGAACAACGAUUCCCUCCCAGUCGAGAUUAACCCAUUGCAAACCCAACCGCCAUCCAAAAAUUGGAUGUGUAACUUGAACAGUGUCUCCGGCCGUGCCGUCUCUCAUCAAUCUUGGGACUGGGAGUGUGACACGGCGGCCAUCAAAGCGGAUAACUGGACGAUCGAAUUCGACAUUCAGUUGGAUUCUGGUCUCAAGCCUCGCCAAGCAGUAAAGGUUGACCAUUGCUACAGCAAGCACACGCUUGAGCAUUGCAAGGUGGUUGUGAACCUUCCCCUGCUUGGUGUUGUCAUUGCGUGCAACUUUGUCAAGCUCAUUGGGUUGGCUUUGACGUGGUUAUAUCUGGAGAAGCGGCCUCUUUUAACCCUUGGAGAUGCCGUGGAUUCAUUUCUCACUAAUCCUGAUUCAGCUACCGACAAGCGUCAUCUCAUGUCCAAGGUCUCCGGCAAAAGGCUGUCUUGGGAACCUGGACCUCGCGCUUGGUUUCCCCAGAAGCGCCGCUGGGCCACGGCAGUUUCAUGGAGAAGAUAUGGAAUAACUGUGCUUCUAUGUAUUGUAACAAUUAUAACGGCCGCAAUCCUCCUCAGCAUGGGCCUCAACACCCUAGGACAUCCAAGUAUGACUGCUCUCUGGGACAGAGGCUUCGGCCAAGUCAAUGUUGACAGUCUCAUCGACUUUUCCGUGUACAACAUCAACGGGGCCACUAAGAUGGUGGUGAUAUCCAACUUGCCCCAGUUGAUAUUAUCCCUUCUAUACACGGCCAUAAACGGCAUGUGGACGACAAUGCUUGUUGGAGCUGAGUGGAAUAGUUAUGGAAUGAAGCACAAGGGCCUCCGUACAACGUAUCCAGUUGGGAAGCAACGCAAGACGUACUGGUUGUCUCUUCCUCUUUCCAUAUUCUUCGUCAAAGUCGUGCUUUGGAGAAACGACAAGCUGCUAGUGGACAGCUACGCAAGCGAUACAACUACAUGUGGCUACUCUCCCAUCGCCAUCAUCUUUUCCAUCAUUCUAGGAAGCCUGAUCCUAUUAGCCACUAUCGGGGGGAGUAUGAGAACGAUGACGCCAGUGAUUCCUACGGGGGCCACGUGCUCGGCCGUCAUCAGCUCUGCAUGCCAUGCACCCGAGGAUGAUGAGGAUGCCGCUGCGGGAUAUGUUAGGUGGGGUGUUGUGCCUGGGACUGAUCAUUGCUCAAUGACUAGCUUGGCAGCAGAAGAUCCUGUGAUCGGGAAGUGGUAUCAGUAG